AUGCGCCCAUGAGAUGCGCGCGAUACGUACGAUCACGGGCUCUUUACGGGAGUUGCAUCAUUACACGUGAGGCUGGGCACACCGCGUUUCCUGCCGAUUUCUCGCUGCAAUCCUACCGAAGAAAGGCCAAAAUGUUGAUCGCUUCGAGAUUACUGAGCCGCAGCUGCACCGGCGUUACCUGCGAUCUCGUCAGGAAACAGCAGUUCAGCACAAUUUUGAAAAAUGUUGCAGCUCCAACAGUCACUGUACCGCACCGAUUUACCGAUAUGCAACAGUAUCGAUACAAAUCCGAAGGUGUAAAGGGUGCAGUUAUUGGUAUAGAUCUCGGAACUACUUUUUCCUGCGUAGCAGUGAUGGAGGGCAAGCAAGCUAAAGUUAUAGAAAAUGCUGAAGGCUCUAGGACUACACCAUCUUAUGUUGCUUUUACAAAAGAUGAUGAACGUUUAGUUGGCAUGCCUGCGAAACGUCAAGCAGUCACAAACUCUGCUAAUACAUUUUAUGCAACAAAACGAUUAAUUGGACGAAGAUUUGAGGAUCCUGAAGUGAAAAAGGAUAUGAAGAGUGUAACAUACAAAAUUGUGAAGGCGUCUAAUGGAGAUGCGUGGGUUCAAGGUGCUGAUGGAAAAAUGUAUUCCCCCAGUCAAAUUGGAGCAUUUGUACUUAUGAAAAUGAAGGAAACCGCCGCGGCUUAUUUAAACACUCCAGUAAAGAAUGCUGUUAUUACUGUACCAGCGUAUUUUAACGACUCACAGCGACAAGCGACUAAGGAUGCUGGUCAGAUUUCUGGAUUAAAUGUGCUUCGUGUAAUUAAUGAGCCAACCGCAGCUGCGCUUGCUUAUGGCAUGGAUAAACAGGAAGAUAAAAUUAUUGCUGUUUACGACUUGGGUGGAGGUACCUUUGAUAUCUCAAUUUUGGAAAUUCAGAAGGGUGUCUUUGAAGUGAAAUCCACGAAUGGAGAUACAUUUUUGGGAGGCGAAGAUUUCGACAAUGCAUUGGUUAAUUAUCUUGUAUCUGAAUUCAAAAAAGAGCAAGGCCUAGACGUGACUAAAGAUGCAAUGGCAAUGCAAAGAUUGAAAGAAGCUUCAGAAAAGGCUAAAAUAGAAUUGUCAAGUUCCCUGCAGACGGAUAUAAAUCUCCCCUACCUUACGAUGGAUUCUAGUGGACCAAAGCAUUUAAAUCUUAAGUUGUCCAGAAGUAAAUUCGAAAGUCUCGUAAAUGAUCUGAUUAAGCGUACCGUUCAGCCGUGUCAGAAAGCGCUUUCUGACGCCGAAGUAACGAAGUCUGAUAUCGGGGAAGUUUUAUUGGUCGGCGGUAUGACCAGGGUACCCAAAGUACAACAGACGGUUCAAGAAAUAUUCGGCAGACAACCGUCGAAAGCCGUAAACCCGGAUGAAGCCGUAGCUGUCGGUGCUGCGGUUCAAGGAGGUGUACUUGCAGGAGACGUGACCGAUGUUUUGCUACUUGACGUUACACCUUUGUCAUUAGGUAUCGAAACGCUUGGUGGUGUAUUCACAAGGUUAAUCUCUCGUAAUACAACAAUACCUACGAAAAAGAGUCAGGUAUUUUCUACAGCAGCGGACGGUCAGACACAGGUCGAGAUUAAAGUUCAUCAAGGCGAGCGAGAAAUGGCUGGCGAUAACAAACUCCUAGGACAGUUCAGUCUUGUUGGUAUUCCACCUGCACCAAGGGGUGUACCACAAAUAGAAGUAACGUUUGACAUCGAUGCAAACGGCAUAGUCCAUGUAUCUGCCAGAGAUAAGGGAACUGGCAAAGAGCAACAAAUUGUUAUUCAAUCUAGCGGUGGCCUUAGCAAAGACGAAAUUGAAAACAUGGUUAAGAAUGCCGAACAAUACGCGAAGGCAGAUAGAAUAAAGAAGGAAAGAGUUGAAGCUAUUAAUCAAGCGGAGGGAAUUAUACACGACACAGAAUCGAAGCUAGAAGAAUUCAAAGCGCAGUUACCACAGGAAGAGUGCGACAAACUUAAAGAAUUAGUUGCAAAACUGCGAGAGACGUUGGCUAAAAAAGAUGAUGUGGAUCCUGAAGAAAUAAAGAAGCAAACGACCGAACUCCAACAAGCGAGUUUGAAAUUGUUUGAAAUGGCGUACAAAAAGAUGGCAGCGGAAAGAGAAAGUCAAAAUCAAUCACAACAGGAACAACCUGAAGGCGAGAAGAAGGAGGAGAAAAAUUAAUUUUAAUUAGAUAAUUUUUGCGUUUUGUAAAAAAAGGAAAACAGAUUCCAUUCAAACAUUUAUAUAAGCGUCUAUUGCUGUUCUGUAAGCUCAAAGGAACCAUUUAUUCUUGUUGAAGAAAGCAAAUAUAAGUUAAAAAUUUCGAUAUUCUGCGCGAUAGUAAUCGAUUAAAAAUAAAGUAUUAUUAUGGGGAGACAGAAAGAAAAAUAGCAAUUUUCUUUAUUAUAUUUAACAGUUCUGACAUAUAAUAGCACUCUUGUGGUAUUUAUGUGAUUAUAUAUAUUUUUUAUUAGUAGCAGUCUUUUAUCCUGAAUAUACAAAAUUAUCUUUUUAUUUCUCAGGAGAUUUCAAAAGUAAUAGUUACCGCAUGUUCUGUUAAGUCUACUAAAAAGAAAUAAUUGUGUAUAUCAUGCAUCUGUAGUAAUAAUGGCCAUUUUUUUGAAAAAUUUGGCCAGUUUUCAUAAAGUAAUAAAUUAUGUACAUAGUUGAUUACUUGUAUAAUGUAACUAACGCAAAAUGAUAAUUUUUGUGCAGCCUACGAAACGUGUGCAGAAUGUCAAGAUAUUCAUCGUUAUAACAAUUAUUGUAAAAUGACUUUUACCAAAAAUAAUAUGGAAAUAAUUUGUUAACGAGCUUGCUACUGUAGAAUGCUUCGUAGCACAUUCAACGAAUGAAGUGUGAGAUGAGAACAUAAGAAGAUCGAGAGAGAAUGAGAUGAGUGUUCUUGUGUAAAACAAGUUUACUUUGUAAACAAUACACAAUACAAUAGAUUACCGUAGAGAACAUUGUUAUAUCACCAUAUACUUAAUUUUUUUUUAUUUGAAUAGCUUAAACACACAAGAGCAUCAAGUUAUAUAGUUUCGUUCUGUUAUUCAAUAAAUCUUUUGAAUUUUAAUUCUUU